AAAUAAUCAUUACAAAAACUCAACGAAUCAGAAUAAGAAAUUCUGAAUCGUGACUGCCAUGAUUCUUGAGAAACAUUCAUCAGUGAUUCCCAUCACCAUUGUCAAAUUAUGUCAACUCUGCAGCAGAUCAUGCUCUUCUCUCUGGUGACCAUUUCCCUUCUCUCUUUCUUACUCUUCAUUUUCUCCUCCAAUAACCUCCACCUCCACCACCACCAUUACCACUUCCCCCCGCUCUCAAACUCCUUUCCUCCGCCGCCUAAACUCGCCUACUUCAUCUCCGGCUCAAAUAACGAUGGCCCAAGAAUAUUUAGGCUGCUUCAAGCCAUCUACCACCCCAGGAACUACUAUCUAUUGCACCUGGAUCAGCUUGCAUCGAAUAAACAGAGGGAUCAGCUGGCUGGCAUGGUGGGUUCAGUGCAAAUCUUUGUUGAAGUUGGAAAUGUUCAUGUUGUGAAGAAGGCCGAUUAUGUGAAUGAAGAGGGCUCUUCUCCUCUUUCUUCCGUUCUUCAUGGUGCUGCUGUUUUGUUGAGGUGGAAGAAUGAUUGGGAUUGGUUCAUUAACCUUGCUGCUUCCGAUUAUCCCCUCAUUCCACAGGAUGAUUUUCUCCAUGUCCUGUCUUUUUUGCCUAGAGAAUUAAAUUUCAUGGAGACCAACACCAGCAAGGAAUAUCAGAGAACUUUGGAAGUCAUUGUCGAUCCUCGCCUUUAUCUACGAUCAGCAGGAAAUAUGUUCACUGGCGACCAGACACGUGAAUUCCCGAAAUUAUUCACAUUCUUUGCAGGGUCUCCACAUGUAAUACUCACUCGAGAAUUUCUUAAGUAUGUUAUCCUAGGGUGGGAAAAUUUCCCGAGGACACUCCUAUUAUACUUCUCAAACACUAGGCUUUCCCAUAAAGCCUAUUUCCAGACACUUGCUCACAAUUCACAGUUCUCUCGCGGUGUCAUUAACUCUAAUUUACGAAUCACUUAUUGUAAUGCCUCCAGUACCAAGAGUAGCUAUAAUUUCAUAAGGCCUCUGGACAUUGGGAAAAUGCUGAGCAGUGGAGCUGCUUUUGCUGAAAAAAUCCCAGUUGGUGAUCCAAUUUUGGACAUGAUUGACUCGGUAGCUCUUAACCGUGGACGAGGAGUCAUUGCACCUGGGGCGUGGUGCCUGGGUAGAGCAUGGGAUGGCAGUGUUUCUUGCUCCCAAUGGGGUGAUACUGAUAUCCUGAGACCUGGUCCUGGAGCGAAAAGGUUCGAAAAGCUGCUCCUUGGUUUGAUUGGGAGUGCAUCUUCCAAGUUGAGUUUGCUAUGAUCAGCGAAUGCUUGAUGGAAUCUGUCAUUCCAUGAAGAUUGUAGCAUUGCCUAUACUUUAUGUGUUACAUCAUUUUGUAGUAGCAAUACCAUAUGCUUGCCGGUGAACCCCAACUUUUGGUUUAUUCUCAUUCGUCGACUUUAACAUCGAGAUAUUAAAUCCAACGCAAAUGUCGACGAACCUCAACCUUUUGUUUAUUUUUAUUCGUCGGCUUUUGCGUUGAGAUGAUGAACCCGAUGCCAAAGUCGACAAGCCUCAAACUUUUGAAUUGUUUUCGUUCGUCGACUUUGGCUAGGGAUAAUGAACUCGACGCGAAAGUCGACGAGCUUCAACCUUUCAUUUUUUUCUUGUUCAUUGACUUUGCCAUCGAGAUAAAUAGCUCAAUAACAACGUCGAUGAACCUCAGUUUUAUCUUUAAUCUUUUCGAUGUUGAGAUAAGAAAACUGACAACAAA